AAGUGUAACAUCGUUGCGCAGUGCUGCCAUCAAGUGGUGUCGAGAGCAGCCCGGACGUUUUGUAAUCGAGACUACCUCGGACCUUGGAUGUCACGACACACCACUGCAGACCACCUCGGACAUUGGGAGACAUCGCAACAUUGCAUAGUGCGGAGUGUCUUCACAGAUCAGAUGGUAUCCCGGGUAUAUAGAAAGAACUCCUACUCAUCAACAACAGCAGCGGCAGCAGCAAGACAUAUUGAACAGUAGCUGACACCUUCCCACCAUUUCCACAUUGAAUCAUACAAUAUCAGAAUGGCAAGCACAGUGCUCUACUCAACCUCCGCUGAUGGAAGAGUCGCAUACCUGACACUGAAUCGACCAAAGCAAUUCAAUGCCAUCAACGCUGCAUUGCCACAGGACCUGCGGAAUGCAGUCAGAAGAGCCAAUGCCGAUCCUAGAGUGCGCUGUAUAGUCCUUUCUGGUGCAGGACAAGGUUUCUGUGGUGGCUAUGACCUCGAUUUGUACGCCCAAUCUGCCACCAGAGGCUCGACUGAAGGCAGCCAAGAACUGAGUAAAGGAUACGAUGCUCUCCUCGAUUAUCAAGGCAUGCACGAGAAUACGGAAUGCUUCAUGGAGCUUUUCAGGAGUCACAAGCCGACCAUAGCCAAGAUACAUGGCGCUGCGGUAGCUGGCGGAAGCGACAUUGCGCUCUGUUGUGAUCUUGUCAUUAUGGCAGAAGAUGCGCGCAUCGGCUACCCGCCUGCACGGGUCUGGGGAUGUCCCACGACAGCCAUGUGGGCUUUACGCUUGGGUGUCGAGAAGGCGAAGAGGAUGUUGUUUACUGGCGACCUCAUAUCCGGUACUGAAGCGGAAAGGAUUGGCUUGAUCUUGAAGGCCGUUCCACUGGCAGAGCUUGACGACGCUGUGAAGUCGUUGACUGAGCGAAUUGCAUCAGUUCCAGCUGACCAAAACUGGAUGCACAAGCAAGUGAUCAAUGGCUUCGCGGAAGGGCAACUGGUACAAGCGCAGAAGCUGGCGACAGUCUUUGACGGAAUCACUAGAAACAAUCCUUCCGGAGUUGCCUUUCAGCAGCUCGCACAGAAAGACGGUUUCAAGGCGGCGAUAGCCGAGCGAGAUCAGCCUGGCCGGACAGACAAGUACAGAAAGACGUGGAAGAGUGUCCUCUGAAUGUGUUGGAUGCUUCUCCUGGAUUCGCCUUCUGAGUCAAAGCUGGGGGCGUUUGUUUGCUGCGUGCCACCAGUGACGCAUCGGACCACCUCCCAAAAUCCACCUGCCACCUGCCACCAACUUCAUCAACACACGCCG